AUAGAUGGAAAAUGUAACAGAGACUAAUUUAGGCAUUAGAAAAUAGUUGUGGAUCGAGAAUUCAGUAGGUAUAUAUAACACGGCAAAUAAUUUCUGAACUGUAUCAGGUAUAAAAGAACUGCCCACUCUUUGGAUCACACAGUCGUAUUCUGAAUCAAGUUUAACAUGAAUCUUCUGUUAUUGGUAUUCUUGACCAUUUUCACCUUGGGAACAGCCACUGUGCCCCCAAUCAACAAACUUGAAAAAGUAAAGGGCGAUAGUGACGUGUCAGAAAAAAUAAUCGCUGACAAUCAGGCGGAACCGAAUUCUCAGGAUGCAACUGAGGAUAAAAAAGUGGCAAAAAGAAGUUACGGUUGGAAUCCGUGGAGUUACAUAGGAUAUAGUUACUGGCCCUGGUAUGGUUUUGGAUGGUAUCCAAGCUGGCCUCUAUAUUAUAGUCACGGAUAUAGUGGAUACGGUGGAUACGGUGGAUACAGUGGAUACGGUGGAUACGGUGGACAUGGAUAUGGAGGAUAUAGUGGAUACGGUUAUGGAUAUCGUAGCCACGGUGGCUGGUACAAGGGAUAGUAAAUUAAGAAAAAAUAGAAAGGAUAGAAAAUCGUCCAGGAGAUUUCUAUAAUUUUAUAAAUAUUAUUCACAGGCUUUCCUACUAUCUCACAUCUAACUUUUUGCACUGAAUAAACAAUAGGCUACACUUGAAUUUUAAUUAUAUCUAUAUUAAGUACUGCAAACCUAAGACUGAGAUAAAACACCUACAACUUUCGUUAUUCAUCAAAUAUGUAAAACGUAAGUUCAUUCAACAUUUAUUCGAUUUUAUUCUCAAAGUUAUGUAUCGUAUAUAUUUGCACAAAUACCAAGAUGUUCAUCAGU